UUGAUACAGAGUAACAGUAAAUCAGACAGAGCAGCUCCUACAGCACCACCAGUGAAAUUGUAACCCCUGUUGCAAGUAUUUUUGGCCGCUGAUAGGACCGAGUGAGAUCACUGCGGUCUCUUUUCUCGGAUAGACUCAAGAGUUGUUCGGCAGGAGCAACGCAGGGACCGUUUUCAGUCUCAUUUCUGCUAUAUCUCAAUAUUAUAUCACACUGGAAAUGUCCGAAAACAAGCCGAAUGAUGAACCGAAGUUAUCUACGACGGACAGGGUGGUGAAAUCUGUUCCGUUCCCCCCCAGUCACCGGCUGACGGCUAAAGAGGUGUUUGACAGCGAUGGGAAGCCCAAAGUGGAUGUGCUGAAAGCUCACCUAACCAAGGAAGGUCGCGUGGAGGAAUCGGUGGCUCUGAGGCUCAUAGGAGAGGGUGCCACGAUCUUGCGUGCAGAGAAGAACCUGCUGGACAUCGAGGCCCCUGUGACAGUGUGUGGAGACAUCCAUGGGCAGUUCUUUGACCUGAUGAAGCUGUUUGAAGUGGGAGGAUCACCAGCAUCCACGCGCUACCUUUUCCUGGGGGACUACGUUGACAGAGGGUAUUUCAGUAUUGAAUGUGUGCUGUACUUGUGGGCCUUAAAGAUCCUUUACCCCAAAACACUCUUUUUGCUGCGUGGGAAUCAUGAAUGUAGACAUUUAACAGAGUAUUUCACAUUUAAGCAGGAAUGUAGAAUUAAGUAUUCAGAGAGGGUGUAUGACGCAUGUAUGGACGCCUUCGACUGCCUUCCCCUGGCUGCACUUAUGAACCAGCAGUUCCUGUGUGUACACGGAGGACUGUCUCCAGAAAUCACAAAUCUUGACGACAUCAGGAAACUAGACAGAUUCAAAGAGCCCCCAGCAUACGGACCAAUGUGCGAUCUGCUGUGGUCCGACCCCCUGGAGGACUUUGGGAACGAAAAGAGCCAAGAGCAUUUCACACACAACACAGUGCGAGGCUGUUCCUACUUCUACAGCUACCCUGCAGUCUGUGACUUUCUACAACACAAUAACUUAUUAUCUAUCAUCCGGGCCCAUGAAGCGCAGGAUGCUGGAUAUCGCAUGUACAGAAAGAGUCAGACCACUGGCUUCCCAUCCCUUAUCACCAUCUUCUCUGCACCCAACUACCUAGAUGUCUACAACAACAAAGCGGCAGUACUGAAGUACGAGAACAACGUGAUGAACAUCCGACAGUUCAACUGCUCACCUCACCCUUACUGGCUGCCCAACUUCAUGGACGUUUUCACCUGGUCCCUGCCCUUCGUCGGGGAGAAGGUGACUGAGAUGCUUGUGAACGUAUUAAGCAUCUGCUCCAACGAUGAGCUGACAACUGACGAGGAGCUGGACGGUGCCACAGCUUCCGCCCGUAAGGAGGUCAUCCGCAACAAGAUCCGUGCCAUUGGCAAGAUGGCCAGGGUAUUUUCUGUGCUCAGAGAGGAGAGUGAGAGCGUGCUGACGCUGAAGGGACUGACCCCGACAGGCAUGCUACCAAGCGGAGUGCUGUCCGGCGGCAAAGAAAAGCUGCAGAAUGAAACUGCAGGUAUAAUCGGUUGUGCAAGUAUUCUGUUGUGUUAUUUUUUUUCUUUUUUGUGAGCCAAGUUUAGAGUUCAGUCCACCCUCUUAUGUUGAAUUCCAAACCCUCCCUAAAUGAGUUUGACAAACUGUUGCAGCAAAGGAAGUAAAGGCUUUCUGGAAACACCUUUACAGAUACUUCAAAUUUAAUCGACAGAAACGGUGACUUUAUUGUCCAAAUUUGAGUGCUAGUUGUGGAUCUCAGCAGUGCUCUGUUGGGAUAGACGCGGGACUCUCUGUGAUUCAAAGGAUGAAUUGGAAUUGACACAAGCAACUGUGAAUGAAAGGGGGAUAGCUGCUGUCUGCCUUUCCUUUACAAAAUAAAGCAGAAAUCCAGACAACUUCCCUCUCCUCUCACAGGUUCUCACACAUCAGCUAGCACUUCCCGAAGUACAUACAAUGUUAUGUUGCACACGGAAAUAUCAUACAAAGCAAUAGAUUUAUAUUUUAAAAAUAUUUAUAUCUUAAUAAGAAUAGGUUACUCUUUACUUUAAAGCAUGUGUAUGUGGGACACUGGAGUAUGUUGCACUCAGUUUCAAAGUCGAGUUUACGCCAGCAUACGCUGAAAUCACAAGUGUUUGCUGACAUUAGCCACUGGAAGAAAGGCUAUAGCAGCAAAAUCGCGAAGAACGUUUUAUCACUUGUAAAAUUUACCUUUUUAUUUCCAAUAUAAAAUAAUGUGUCAUUUUUUUAUCACAGAAGUUCCAUGGUUUCUCUUUAAAGCUGGGCUAGGCAGUUUUUUGUGUCUGUCAUUAGGUCAAAAUUCCAUAAUAACCUUACAGCAACCUUUCUUUUAAUUCAAGUGAUUGCAGAGAAAAGUAGACUUCUGCACCUCCAAUUGACUCCGUUUUUUCAGGUUUUAGAAAGACUUAGGAGACACGGGUUAUGUCAGAUACACCAUUCAACCAACAGGAACCAAGUUCUUCAUUCAUCAUUACAUGGCGUCAUUACGUCACUGUAUACGUCUCCGCUCCACAACUGCAGACUACAUCCUCUCUUUAGUUGGUGAUGUUGGUCUGGAUACUCCCAGUCCAAGCCCCUGAUAUAAGUGGUUUAUGGUUCAAGACCAGCAAAGAGUUGGUGCCACUCUGGAAGUAGUUUUCCUGGCUGAGAGCCGGUUCUUUGGCUGUCAAAACGUGAGGAACUGGUUCAAGAUUAAGCGCUGGAUCUGAACCGGACCUUUAACUGCCUUGGUGGAAAAAUGAGUAAGCGAGAGAGCGGCCCUAUUGGCCCUUCUACAAAUGCAGAUAUGCGUACAUGUCCGUGUCCAUGUCAGAUGGUGAAAGCCAGAUUCAGUGUCAAAUUCUGACAUUUCUGUUGCCUUUUGCCUGCCAGAAAACUGCAUAUCCCAGCUUAAAAGGAAAAUAGCAUUCAGUUUGAGCUUUAACAUAUGAUAUCCACAGGAUUUUGAAAGAUCAAAGAACUGGGCUUGUUUGAAAUUGCAUUGUGAGUUUUUAUUUGAGUUUAAAGUGACCUCCUGUGGGAGGAGAAAUGACCAAAUUAGAAUGAAAUAACAUCUGGACAAAGUUGGCAAUUCUGUAUAUCUCAAUUAGGGAGGAUGGGAUUCUCUCCUCUAUGUCAGCCCAACAGAUUUAGGCUGAAAAGACAGAGCUACUUUUACAUUCAGUGGUUCAUUAAGUAAUAAACACGCUAUGGCUCUACACACUAACUCCACUUUCAUAGCCUGGAGUAUAUCCGAUGAGUCGUUUAGCCCAACACUAACUGUGUUUUAGAGUUCAAUAAGGGGUUUGAAACCACUUAACACACUGGCACCUUAUAAUUGUGUUUCUGCUGACGACCUGCAUUAACAGUGGUGGUCCUUUGGAUUAACAUAUAUGCUUAUGGGAGUUGAAGAGUUUUUGUUUGGAAGCAGCUGACACUAAAGAGAACCCCAGUGAAGGUAGAGUGAUGUUCAGAGAUUCCUGUUGCAACAUUGGUAGAAUCACAUUGCUCCCCUCCUUUAAGCAGACGCCAGUGUGCUUCUACUGUAAUGUUGACUCCAUCAACCAUUCCGUUUACAGUCCCGUGCUGUUCUGUAAUUUAUUUUCAUCCUCAUGGUAGUAUGUCCUGUAGUCUUCAGUACUGUAUAGCUGUUUAGCUUUGCUGUCACCUUCUGCCUCCAUCCCUGUCUUUGUGUAAAGCUGAUUUACACAGCUGUACUUUAUGUUAAUUUAUAAGUUCAAGGAUGGUUGUAAGGAAAUUGGUAAGUGGUUAAAAAGCCAAAGGUCCCCCCCACCCUCGCACUUCACAAAAGUAAGCCAGCAUUUUUGAUAUUUAAUAUCAAAAGAUGCUAAUCCUGCCGUUCCAGAUGCUGCUUCAUGUUACACACAACACAAUAGUGAUGCUGCUCUAUGUGUCUACAGCUCUUCCAGUUUACAUUAACAGUCAUAAAGCUCACAAUCAUACAUACAUUUAAACCGUAUCCCUGUCAUCCAUCCGUCCUAAGUCCCCCUUCUCCAUGUAUGCUCUUAUUUGCGUAAUAGUAAAGAACUAAUAUAUUUCCCGCUUUAACGUGUUGUAUUUGCUAUCAGUGUGCGUCCCUGCAGUAUUCAUUCACCUCAUUGACUCGUUUGUCAGACCUUCUCAAAGCACCUCAAAGACACUGUUCUCUCCAUGAGGUCGUUCGCUGCCACAAACAUGUGUCACCUUCCCUUUACAGAUCUGGAACUCAUCAAAAAGCUAAGGCUCAUCCCUCUCCUCUCCUCUCCCUCCUCCUCCUCUUUCUUCGCGAACAUCCAUG